CAAAGCGGGGGCUCAUGCAUCAUGGCGACUUUGUUAGACAUCAGACUUAUUAUGACUUGAAGGACAGCUUGGAAACUGGCCUUUCCGGUCUAAACUCGGUCUUCCUGAAACUUCUUGAACAGACGUCUGCCAAUGUUACAAGCAGACGAUCGUCGUCAACCGCCUCAGAGGGCGUGAAUGGUAUCGACGUCUCGUCAACUGGUUAAGGUGAGGUCUACCUUGCUAUUACAGUCGACAAUCAACAUGGCUUCAGCUGUUCGUCUGCUCGUUUGUGGCAUGUGGCUGGGUAUUCGUGUGAUUAACACAUGAUGGUCACGCAUGCGAUAUUAUGCAUAUUGGACGGUAGUAUAUUACAGUGAAAGGGUGCAUCUGCUUCAAACACUACCCCAUCACAGGAACAUGGAGGCUACCCGUGAUCACGGACAAGAGGUUCUACAGCGUCACAGUAUUAUACAACAUAGACAAGAACAAAGACUUCACCCAACAUGAGAUGUACCACCCAGACGUUGGUGAAGCUGUUCCUGUGUGUGGUCAUCACCAUCUUCAUCUGUCGUUACUUUUACACCAAUACCUCCCACAGCAUACCCCUCAACGAUGUUCCCACUGUGGAGGUGUCUCCUCCAACCGUUAAGCCUUUACCUUACAAUAUCGCCAGGAUAGCCUUCAAGGAAUACCAUCCUUCAGGGGACCAACGCGGUGACAAAGUUAAACUCAUUUUUGCGUACGCCCCCGACCUCAGCUACGCACGCCGUGACCAACACAUUUAUCCCCUGAAUUGCGGUGAUGUUCGCUGCGCUUCCACCACGAGAGGAACAUAUCUCCGAGACAGUCAUGCUGUAAUGUUUUCUAGCACAUUUCUAGAGAGACACCCACUUCCCAAAAUUGAUAGACGUCUACAUGGAAAAGUGUUUCUAUUUUUUGAAAACCGGCCCCAUGUUCCCGAAAUUGCCAGAAAGCUUGAAUCAACUUUAAGUGACAAAUCAGUUUUUAAUUGGACGAUUGGUUACACAAGAGAUGCUGAUAUUCGAAUAUCUUAUGGAACCAUUGUCAAGAAAAAGGCGGUCCCUUUAUAUAACCUUACAACCGUUGUCUCGAGGAAGAAGAGAACAGUUGUCAUCUUUCAGCAGAGUUGCAAGACUCCGAGCCGCCUGGAAGAGUAUCUCCAACAACUUCGCAAAUAUGUAAAGGUCGAUGUAUACGGACCUUGUGUAAACCGGACCCUCUGUAAUCAGGACCUGGACUGUUUUAUCAAGGUCGGCCGAGAAUAUAAAUUCUAUCUAGCGUUUGAGGAGGUGUUCUGCUCUGAAUACAUAAGUAAUGUGUUCUUCCGGUUUUAUGGGACCGAAACUGUGCCUAUAGUACGAGGGGGUGGGGACUAUUCCAACGUUGUCCCCAAAGGAACAUAUAUUAACACAGCAGAUUAUAAAUCCAUCGCCGAGUUAGGAAGAUAUAUUCAAUACUUGGAUAAGAAUGACACAGCGUAUAUAGAAAUCUUGAAGAAGAAGCGAUAUUAUGAUGCAGUAUAUUCGCGGCAACAGAUUGUCCGAUGGGAAGACAAAAAGUUUAUACGACAUAUUUAUAUGAAUAUGGGCAAUAUGAUGUGUGACAUCUGUAAGCGACUGUGGAACGUGGACGACUACAGGAAAACCUACAGCGACAUCCUCUCCUGGUACGGAAGCUCCAAGUGCACAAAACCGCUGGAUCUUGAAUCUCGGAAACCGGUUUCUACACGUGCUUCUAACUCUACAGCCGUGAUAAAUUAACUCAGUAUUCAGUAACCAAAAUUCGGGAAACCGUUGGGUGAUAAAUGAAGAAAGGAAUUAAUCAUUAACUGGAUCAUCCAGUGGUUACAUCGUUUGCUCGUCACGCCGAAGACCCGGGUUCGAUUCCAUCCUGGGAUCCGUUACGCAGAGCAAGCGUAACGCUGAGGCUGUCGUAAACCCUUUACCAUUGGCAUGAACUUACGACUUUGGUAGAGGUACGAUACUUACACAUGGACUUACGAGAAGCGUAACUUUACGAACUCUUGUGUUCCUCAGAGCAAUCUUAAUGUUACGACUAACGCAGGUCAAUAUUAAAAGUAUCGGACCUACUUAGCAUUGCGACGAGGACCAAGAUAGGCAGUGACGCAUGAGUGAGUGAGUGAGUGAAUUUAGUUUUACGCUGUUUUUAACACUAUUCCAGCAAUAUCACGACAGGGGACGCCAGAAAUGGGCUUCACGCAUUGUGCCCAUGUGGGGAAUCGAACCCGUGUCUUCGGCGCGACGAGUGAAUACUUUACCCACUACGCUCCCCCUCCGCCCCAGUGACAACUGGCCAAAUCUAUGUCGACCGUACGACAACCAUUUGGAGAUCGGUGUGUUUGAGAAGUCUUGCAACAUUUAAUAUUCACAUUCAACUUGUUACAGUAAUAUAUGAAACACUGAUCUUGUUUUGAUGAAUCUGGGAUACAUCGUGUUGUACAUGUGUUUUGAUCUUGUACAUGUGUUUUGAUCUUGUACGUGUGUUUUGAUCUUGUACGUUAUGCAUGCGUUUUGAUCUUGUUAUGCAUGCGUUUUGAUCUUGUUAUGCAUGCGUUUUGAUCUUAUUGUGCAUGUCUUUUUGAUCUUGUACAUGUGUUUUGGUCUUGUUCAUGUUUUUUUUGUGGGAAUGUUGUAUUUUUGUGUUUUGGGUUAUCAAAUAAAUGAAAACACAACUGCGACUUGGCAGUGGCCUGCUA